GUCCCUGCAGGCAUUUUCCAGUAAACACUGUCUUUUUAGAAAAAAGGCAGUGUUUAUAUUACAGCCUAGGAACACCUCUAGUGGUCAUUCCUCAGACUGUUACUCAGUGACGCUAACAGAAGUGGCAGUCCAGCGCACGCCUGCGUUUUGCAAUUCUAAAUGAGCUGUAUUACAGUUUAUUGAGAAGCAUAGGAAAAGUGCAAUCGCGUCCAAAUGCUCACGAUUCCAGCACAAAUACUUUUUUUUAAUUUUUUUUUAUUUAUUAUUAGAUAUACUUCCAAAGAAAAUGUAGACAAAAACACGUGUGUUCUCUUUGGGGAUCUAUCUAAAUAAAAACUAUUCAUUAUCAAUAACCAAAAUAGUAGGUGUGCAAACAGUAUUGGAAAUAGAAGUGUAAGAAAAGUGGCAAUCAGACUCUAUGUAUCUCCCAGAAACAUCAACACUAAAAUAUAUUAGUGAGGAAGACGCUGUUACAGUUAAAAUGAAAACCACACAUUGGCAAGGCAACCGUAUAUACUUGCACUCUCCUUUAGAAGUUGGUCUCAAUGAACUAAAAUACAUAAAAAUAAACACAGACCUAGUGCAAUAUAGUCAAAAUAAAAAUAAAAAAUUAAAAUAUGAUCUGUCAUGCUUUGCAAGAAAUAAACGCACAAUUGUCCAGUGGAUAUAGUACCACUUCGGACUAUCAGGCACAGGGAGGAUCAGACUCUUGAGAUCGUUGGAUCCAAACGUGGGCACUCAAGCGAACUUACAAUCAGCCGAAAUCAUAAAGUUAAAUCCUUUAUUAUUGACACAAACCGUAGUAUUAAAAAGUAAAAGAAAAAAAAAGAGAGAGAGAAAAUCUCACUGCGCUGGAGCAGGUCAAAUUCCUGGGUAUAGGUGAAAAUACAGUCAGUGUCCUCACUCUGUAUUCCCCAGCCUGUCACCGCGUCUCUACACGUGCAGGUACUUUCGGGUUUGGCGUGCUACGCGUUCCAUUUAUUUCUUACAAAGCAUGACAGAUCAUAUUUUAUUUUGACUAUAUUGCACUAGGUCUGUGUUUAUUUUUAUGUAUUUUAGUUCAUUGAGACCAACUUCUAAAGGGGAGUGCAAGUAUAUAUGGUUGCCUUGCCACUUAAAGGACCACUAUAGUGCCAGGAAAACAUACUUGUUUUCCUGGCACUAUAGUGCCCUCAGGGUUCCCCUCCCGCCAGGCUCUGGGGGGAGGAAGGGGUUAAACUUGCCUCUUUUUCCAGCCCCUGGAGGGGAGCUCUCCUCCUCCUCUCCGCCUCCUCUUCAGCUGAAUGCGCAUUCAGCCAGUCCAUAGGAAAGCAUUCACAAUGCUUUCCUAUGGACGCUGGCGUCUUCUCACUGUGCAAAUCACAGUGAGAAGCGCGGAAGCCCUCUAGCGGCUGUCAGUGAGACAGCCACUAGAGGCUGGAUUAACCCAUUUAUAAACAUAGCAGUUUCUCUGUAACUGCUAUGUUUAUAGAAAAAAGGGUUAAACCUAGCUGGACCAAGCACCCAGACCACCUCAUUAAGCUGAAGUGGUCUGGGUGCCUAUAGUGGUCCUUUUAAGAUCUCCUGUUUUAGCACAGUGUGUUUUUCAUUUUAACUGUAACCGCUUCUUCCUCUUUAAUAUAUUUUAGUGUUUGUUUCUGGGAGAUACAUAUAUUCUGAUUGCCACUUUUCUUACACUUAUAUUUGCAAUACUGUUUGUGCACCUACUAUAUAUUUUUUUUUAUUUAUUUUUUUAUUUUAUUUUUUACUAUUUUGAGGUUUCAUUGUAUCAGAGCUCCUCGUAGGUUGCUGCAUGUACAUGUGGUUUAUAAUUUGUUUAUGGUGGUAACACUAAGGUUUACAAUUAUUUGUGCCAUUGUAUUUGUAUCAAUCGUGUUCAUUUUAAAGGAUCAUUCCAACACAUUAAGAAGUUUGAUGAUAUAACAAAAAUGCUGAAUCCAUUUGGUCACAUUUAAUGUUCUUUCCAUUACAGGAUGGUCAGAUAGAUGCUGAAGAGCUGCAGAGAUGUCUCACCCAAUCAGGCCUCUCGGGAGGAUAUAAACGUAAGCAGCACUUUUCAAAGAACUUUUUAUUGACACUUUUUUUUUUUUUUUUAAUUCCUUACUCAUGCUGUAGAUUAUUGUUCCAUGUAAAUAUAUUUGACCUAUUGAUUUAUGUAGACUAUGAAUGAUCUUCAUUUCUAUAACACAAUCUACCAUAUCUUCAGUAAAUAGUGCAAGAACUGUCACAUGAUGGAAGUAAAUGGAAAAACGAUCUAUCUGCGAUUUUGGAAAACAAAAAUUGAUUGAGCUUCCUUUGCAUUUUCAUAAAUAAAAUAAUUGUAUCAAUCUCAGUCAUUUGCACAUAACAUUGAAACAUUCACUUGGAAUUUUCGUCACUGGAGCAAAACUUGAAAAUCUCCACUUGAAUAUUGUAUCAUUUUUGUAAUGCUACAACGUAGAGAGGAGGGGGAUAUUUUAAAGUAUGGUUUUAUUUAUUUAUUUUAAAUUCAAAAUACAUUAUCAUUACAAAAUAUGCACAACAUCUCUGAGAAAAAAAACUGUAACUUAUUAACCGAAACACUUUACAGUAAUAGAGCCAAGGGUAAAAAAAAAAAAAAAAGAUACAUACCAUGAGUUCUAGACUAGUUAUCUGAUAUAUCUUGAUAUCUGAGCCAUGGAACCAGAACUCCAGUCUAUGGAUGUAUACUGCCUGUGUAUACAUAUAACUUUCUGGCUUGCUCUUCCUUGACUUGCACUACUAGCUAUUGCAAAGAUAUAUUUCUUCGACUAGCAUGUUACUGUAACUUCCUGAUGCUCUGGAGCCUUUCUUUGCAGAGUAAAGAACUUUUGAUCUGUCCACUUCUUUAUAAAGAAGGCUUUCCACUCCUAAUUUAAUCCUCCCUGUCCUGCUCACGGUGUUGCUGGGUUUGUUUUGUUAUGGGGGGGGUUUCUAAGCAGCCUCAAAUCGAGAUUCCAUGUUCUAGCCAGCACAUUUUUGUCCUGGUUUUGGUAUAUUGUUAAUCCUCCUUUUAAUAUACUUUUUGAAAAAUGAAUUAAAGUUAUUAUUGUAUUAAGCCGUGGAUAAUUUGUUGAUGCAGUAUUUCAUGAUUUGUCGUGACACCUGUUUUGAAAUGUUUUUUCCUUUUUUCCCCUCUUUAUUUUAUAGCUUUUAACCUGGAAACCUGUAGACUGAUGAUCUCCAUGUUGGAUGUAUCUUUUAUUACGCUGAAUUCUGACACAAACACUGUGAAACUUAUUCACAGAAAAACUAAUAGUGAAUGGCAAACCACAUUAUGCAGUGUUGCGAAACAAAUGUUUGUGUGUAAGGAGAGAGAGAGGUGUGUGUGUGUGUGUGUGUAUAUAUGUGUGUGUGUGUGUGUGUGUGUAUAUAUAUAUAUAUAUAUAUAUAUAUAUAUAUAUAUAUAUAUAUAUAUAUAUAUAUAUAUAUAUAUUCAUACAAAAUCUAGUGCAUUCAAUCACUAAACAGCCAUUUCAAAGUUUGCAGAAUGUAAUAGUUUGUUUUUACCCUGAUUUACUUGGGUUUUCCUUAACUUGUAUUUAGAGAGACAUGUCAGGGAAAAUGGGCUUUAAUGAAUUCAAAGAGCUAGGAGGGGUAAUAAAUGGAUGGAAACAAAACUUCAUGGCCUUUGAUUCAGAUAGGAGUGGCACAAUUGAUGGAUUAGAGCUGCAAAGGUCGUUGGGUACUAUGGGUAAGUGUAUAAGAAUAUAUUCCAUGAAUGAACUUGAUGAAAAUGUUAAUUUCUGAAAGUCCAUGACUGUGACUGUUUGGGAAAAUGUUUUAUUCAGAUCAGAGAUCACUUAUUAUUGGAUUAGAAUAAAACCGAAGCUCCAGUUUUAUUUUAAAGUGUAAUUUAUUUAUUCCCCUAUGAAAAAGUCCCAAAGAAAUAAUAAAAAAAAAAAAAAAAGGGAUACGCUUCUGUUCAUUCAGAGUGUUGUCUAAAGUUGCUAAUCAUACUCGUUUGAGCUCCUUAACCUAUUGUUCCAGUAACAUUUUAUAAUUGUCUCAUUUAUUGUUAAAUUUCCCCGUUUUAAAUUCUCUCCUACCAGACCACCAAACCGUACUUCACUCUGGUUUCAGCUAACCAUGUAUUCCUGGGGGUUUUAGUGCCUUUCCUCGCUGUGGGAGAAUUAGGGAGUUUUUACUUUUGUCCACAUUAAUUAGGUUUUGUUGUAGCAGAAAUUAAAUGUACAUGAAACAUUGUGAUUUAGAAAGUGUUUUAACCUUUUUUUUUUAUUAUUUAUUGAUUAUAAAUAUUUUUUAAGGUUUUCGAUUGAGUCCUCAGGCCAUGAAUAAUAUUACCAAAAGGUUCAGCACUCAUGGGAGGAUCGCAUUUGACGAUUACAUUGCAUGCUGUGUAAAACUAAGAGCACUCACCGGUAAGUACAUUUUGUUUGUUUAUUUAUUUUUUCCAUUAGACAAAUUAUGGAAAAUACUAAUAUUUUGGGCCUAAUUUUAUCACUUUAAAUCUGAAGAUCAGGUAGUUGCUCAUUAUACCAAGAACCUCUGGAGAAAACCUUAAAAUUUUCAAAAUACUUUUAGGGAUAGUGUAAUAAUUCAAACUCCUACCAAACAAUCUUAAUAUGCAUGCUGUUCCAGUACUCCUAUUGGGAAUCUGGUUCCAUCAUGACUGUGAUACUGGGUAACUACAUCCCAACAAACAAUAGCCGCUUGCUGAAUAAAAUCCAAGGAUUUACAAUCUAUGCAGCCAAAAGUCUGUUUGCCAGAUUAUUAAUGGAGUGCAUGUUCAUGUAAACUGUUACAUUAAUGGACACAUAUAGGGUUACAUACAUGAGUCCCCAAAAAAGCUCUUCUUGGGAAAUGUUCAACUACUAUUGCACUUUUAUGGUUUAAAUUUGUAUUUAUUCUUUAAUAUUGCAGAAACUUUCAGAAGGAGGGAUGCUGCUCAGCAGGGGAUGGUUACUUUUCAAUAUGAUGAUGUGAGUAUAUGCAGAAAUGUCACUUACCAGGAUUUGUAUUUUUACUUUAGUAGUAUAUUUAACAAAUGUGUUUAUUUUUUAUUUUUUUUUGUAAUCUCAAAAGAAAAAUUUCAGUGUUAAACACUGCUAUAUUUACCUCUAUCCUGGAACUGGGUGAUAGGUGAAAGGGGUGGCUCCCUGUUAAGCAUUGUUAUAAGAUCUGCUCUUACCUGACUGUUACGGACCGUUUUGCACAAAAGGGGAAAAAAACCGCUUAGACGAUAAUCCCCCUUUCAGAGACAGGCACAGCUACUGUAGAAUCACCAAAACUCAUGAACUGAAUACAAGUGAAUGCUCCAAACUCCCGAACGGCAUACAAGGGAAUGCUCCAAACACUCGAACUGCAUACAAGGGAAUGGUCCAAACACUCGAACUGCAUACAAGUGAAUGCUCCAAACUCCCGAACGGCAUACAAGGGAAUAAGGUAGCACUCCAAAUACACGAACAGGAACCAUACGAAUUGCUGCUACCAGACGAACAGGAAAAGCUCCCAAGCGGCUUACACUCCUGGCAAUCAGUCCUUAGCAGCAUACAGUAAAUCCCCCCAAAGACGAGACAAGGCUCCGUGUUGAGGGUCAAGCAGUGGUCUGUUUAAUGAGGGCUACCUGCCCAGCUUUUAUGCAGGUCUCCCACCUGGUGGACACUCCCCUAGGGGACCAAAUGGGAGACUGUGACAAGGGACAGACAAGUAUACAAAAAGGACACACAGUCACAGUAUAUUCCCACAAUGCAUCCUGGCUUCCUCCCCUCUGCCCUGGGAGAUAAUUGGGAAGUAACUCAAUUAUCUCCCAAGUCAAAGGCAAAACUCCAUUACACACGUGGGAACACAAAACCAGCAUUAUACUUUAAAAUGCACAAAGUAACAUUUACUACAUAAAACACAGACAUGUAACAUAUCCCCAGAUAGCUCAGGUCUGAGUGCACAUUAUUAGGUGAAUGGCACUCAGACCACACGAAUACAGUUUUAAUUGCCAUGGAGCCAAAGUCUUUAAUUCCACGAAUAGGCUCCAUGGCAUAGCUAUCUGGGUUAAAACAUUCCUCCAACAUAAAAUACCGAAUUUACAUGCAUUCGUUCAAUCCGUGCGAAUUAGAACCAGGGGUUGGAGGUUCAGCGGUGCCUGCACGUAAAAGUGUCCGGGUUUGGUGCAUGAAAGCCGGGCAGACAAGCGCUGGCUGCCCGGGGAGCUCCAGAACACCGCCAUCGUGUGGCGGCUAAGUGUAACCGCGACCACCCAGUAACAAUCAAUUAAGCUGCGGUUAACCGCAGCUACUGGGUGGUCAAUUGCCGGCACACGCUCGUUAAGCCGCGGUUAACCGCGGCUUCAGGGAGGUAAAUGGAGGGCGCACUCCAGCUUCUGGGUGGCCAAUUAAGGUCGCCGGCCGGCUUCCCACGGCUCUGGGGAGGCUGAAAAGAGACUGUUUGUUUGGUAGAUGGAAUCUACCGAACGGCUGUGCAGAAAGGGAGAAAUAAAUCCUUCUGCACAGUAAAAUUAACCCUUUAGCUGCCGGUCCAUAAUCCAAAGGCAGCAGGCGGGCAACCAGGCUCCUCCAAUGCAAUGUGGCGAGAUUGGUUUCGUCACACUGACAAUGAACAUUGUCAUAGGGGAGACUUCUAAAAGUGGCAUGAAUAGUGAUGGAAAGAUGUUGAAGGGUAGGAGUUAUAUGUAGAAUGUGCUAAUUGGGUUCCAUGGUGAUUAACUGUUCAUUUAAAAAAAAAAAAAAAAUUGGGACUAACUGAAAGAAAUAUAUUUAAGAGUUCCAUAUACGUUUUUUAAAUAUCACCUAGCUCAGGAUAUGGAUUUAGACUACUUUUAAUAGAAUAGUAACCUGAAAGACAAAUUUCAGUGAGAGAGAAACUGAACCAUGCAUAGAGAUUAUGAUGAUUUAUGGGGCCUUAAAUUAUUAAAUUCUCAUAUACAUGUUCUAGAACCAAGACUGUGUAGUUUGAAGGGACAGAAUGAAGUUCCUUUGAGGCUUAUUCACAAAGCUUUUAGAUAAAGAGAAUUUCAAAUUUUAAUACAAAAACUAUUUUUCUUCUAAAAUAGGAAAUUCUUUUGCCAGCUUACAUCCAUUCAGUACUUUUAAAGAAUAACUGCUUUAAUAAAAAAAAAAAAAAUUAAUAAUUAUUUAGCGGUUACUAUGGAAAGGGACUUCUCCCAACUGAGCAGUGUUGUCUUUAAUUUGAAAGCAUUCCUUUUUUUUUUUUUUUUUAAAUGGCAAACAAAAUAAAAAAAAUCAUAUGAUUAUUCGGUAUCCACAACUCUCAAAUUACUGGUCUUGUUAACAAAAUAAAUUUUGAUGAAUUAUUCAAUUUAAAAAAAAAAUUUUUUAUUUUUUUUCCCUUCUAGUUCAUUCAAAGCAUCAUGAGUAUCUAAAAAAAAAAUUUGAAUACCGCCCAAAGGAACUGCAAUUUGAUUGUCUACCAUUCCAAGAACCAAGCCUUCGUUUGGAUGUAACUAAUACCAUGUCAUUUUUGUUAAUUUUUUAUUUUUAUUUUAUUUUUUUAUUAAUAAAAUGCAGAUUCUAAUUUGUA